ACCCCGGUUCGAGCACCACUGACACGCCCAAGUGUCCCACCACCCGGCAGACCGUCAGCUCCUCCACCACCUCCACCUAUAAUAAAAACUAAUGGUAGCCACACUCCAGAGCCACCUCCACCACCGGCUGUUCCACCAGUUGCUUCAGCUCUUCCUAAUAGAUUUGGCAGUUCUCCUGCUAUGGGCGUUCGAUCAGAGGAGAGUGCUCCACCUCCUCCUCCAAGGAGUGCAUCUAAAGCUGGUAGUUCCAUUUUUUCUCCUCCUUCUCUGGCAACACCCAAGUUCACAAGCAAGGAUGCUCAUCCUCUUGACCGUUUCGUUUUCAAACCACUGUCAAGUCUUCCGCCUCCGCCGAUUCCUUCACAAGGUCGUGCUUAUUAA